UAAGAAAUCGCACAGAGAAUCUUUGUGCACCGUUUCCGUUGUACCUGAGGAAGGAUUGUUCAUUGUUUGGCAAGUGUUAAAGUAUUUCUCACCGGGCAAUGGGCACCUUCCCUCUUCUCCUGGGUUUGCUACAGCAUGAGACUUGUUCUUCAUGUUGCCGAUAAGUUUCUGGCCCCAGUGCAAGGUGCUGCUUAUCACCUACAAAGCCCUAAACAGUUCGGGUCUAGCCUAUCUUUGCGAUCACAUUUUCUGCCAUGAACCUGCACGGGCUCUGAGAUCCGCAGGGGAGGCCCUUCUUUUGCUUCCACCACCGUCUCAAGCACAGUUGGUGGCGCCGAGGAAGACGACCUUCUCAGCAGUGGUCCCCCGGCUCAGGAACUGCCUCCCUGGGGAGAUCAGACUAGCCCACACCCUGACCACCUUUCGGAAAGGCCUAAAAACUUGCUGUUCCAAUGUGCUUUAGAUUAAUCAGUUUCAACAUGUCUUGGCUUCUUUAGCCCUAACUUAAUAUCUGGCUCUUGCACUUUGUUAUUAGUACCCCCCUCCCAUGUAGUAUACUGGACAGGUCCCGCCCAAGCCUCUUAGCUCUCAACAUGCCCACUGUGCCGGACUAUUGCCUGGUUGUUAUGGAUUUCAUGUUCUUACAAUGUUUAUAUAUAAUUUAUUGAACUAUAAGGUACUUUUAUGUUCACAUAUCUGUAAUUUUGUUUUUGGGCUUGGUCCCCAUGUAAACCACCCCAAGUACCUCUGGAGAGAUGGGGUGGGAAACAAGAGUAAAGUGGUUUUGUUGUUGUUGGCGGCGGCGGCGGUGGUGGUGUUAUUUUCCAUGAACUCUUUCUCUGUUCAACUCCUGAAGAGAUUUUCCUCUCAUUUGUCUGGCAGGUAACGUCUACCCAAGUUCUGUGAAGAACACGUUGUGAGAGCUUUGCCCGAGGAGUGCUCUAAGUCUAAAGUGACUUCAAAAUACACAGCAAUGACAACAAGAAAAAAUAAGUAGUAGAAAAUAUAUUUCAAGCUAGAAACCUAUGAAAUAAGAUUGUGCUGAAAAAAGAGAGGCUUGGGAAAGCGAGCAGAAGGCUACAGCAAUACAAAGACUGUGCUGUUUGGGAGGUUAUAUCUGUGAAGAACCUCUGGCAUAAUCUUUGAAUUAUAAAUAUAAAAGAAUGGCAAGUCCUCUACCUCCCUAUCCUAGAUCACACACACGGGAGAAGUUACAUCAGUGUAUGGAAUGUGGGAAACAAUUUGAUUGGAAAAGUUCUCUUAUUGUACAUGAACGGACCCACACAGGGGAGAAGCCCUAUAAAUGCAUGGAAUGUGGAGGAGGCUUCAGUCACAGUGGCAGUCUGCGUUCCCAUCAAACGACCCACACAGGGGAGAAGCCACAUAAAUGCAUGGAAUGUGGAGGAAGCUUCAGUCGGAGUGAUAGCCUACGUUCCCACCAAAGGACCCACACAGGGGAGAAGCCAUAUCAAUGCAAAGAAUGUGCAGAAAGCUUCAGUCACAGUGGCAAUCUACGCUCCCAUCAAAGGACCCACACAGGGGAGAAGCCCUAUAAAUGCAUGGAAUGUGGAGGAAGCUUCAGUCAGAGUGGACAUCUACAUUCCCAUCAAAGGACCCACACAGGGGAGAAGCCAUAUAAAUGCAUGGAAUGUGGAAGAAGCUUCAGUCAGAGUGGCAGUCUACGUUCCCAUCAAAGGAAGCACACAGGGGAGAAGCCAUAUCAAUGCAAAGAAUGCGGAGAAAGCUUCAGUCACAGUGCAGGUCUGCGUAACCAUCAAAAGACCCACACAGGGGAGAAGCCACACAAAUGCAUGGAAUGUGGAAAGAGCUUCAGUCAGAGUGGCAGUCUACAUUCUCAUCAAAGGAGCCACACAGGGGAGAAGCCAUAUAAAUGCAUGGAAUGUGGAAAGAGCUUCAGUCAGAGUAGCAGUCUGCGUUCCCAUCAAAAGACCCACACAGGGGAGAAACCAUAUCAAUGCAUAGAAUGUGGAAGAAGCUUCAGUCGCAGUGACACUCUACGUUUCCAUCAAAGGAAGCACACAGGGGAGACGCCAUAUAAAUGCAUGGAAUGUGGAAAGAGCUUCAGUCAGAGUGGCAGUCUACAUUCUCAUCAAAGGACCCACACAGGGGAGAAGCCAUAUAAAUGCAUGGAAUGUGGAAAGAGCUUCAGUCAGAGUAGCAGUCUGCGUUACCAUCAAAAGACCCACACAGGGGAGAAGCCAUAUAAAUGCAUAGAAUGUGGAAGAAGCUUCAGUCGCAGUGACACUCUACGUUUCCAUCAAAGGAAGCACACAGGGGAGACGCCAUAUAAAUGCAUGGAAUGUGGAAAGAGCUUCUGUCGGAGUGCAAGACAGCAUAACCAUCAAAAGACCCACACAGGGGAGAAGCCACACAAAUGCAUGGAAUGUGGAAAGAGCUUCAGUCGGAGUGGCAGUCUACGUUCCCAUCAAAGGAAGCACACAGGGGAGAAGCCAUAUAAAUGCAUAGAAUGUGGAGAAAGCUUCCGUUGGAGUGGCAGCCUACGUUCCCAUCAAAGGAAGCACACAGGGGAGCAGCCACACAAAUGCAUGGAUUGUGGAAAGAGCUUCAGUCGGAGUGGCAGUCUACGUUCCCAUCAAAGGACCCUCAUGGGGGAGAAGCCACAUAAAUGCACGGAAUGUGGAAAGAGCUUUAGGGAACAUUAGACAUCACAGAACUUAUGCGCCAAUAGAGGAGAUCUGUCUUUGAAUUUCUGAGCUCUCUUUAAAAGAACAUUGGAAGGAAAGAGGAAAGCCAUCACCUUGCUCUCUCUCUCUCUCCCAUGAACCACAGUUUGACUGCUACUCAGAGGUCUCACUCAGAGGGGGCUUUUUUCAGAAUUGCAGUAAGCUUUGUAGGCAUUCACCUAACCUCCUCCACAAGGAAACCCAUUGCAGGCUUCUAGAAUGAUCUGUGAAAGUUUGCUGAAAUGAGCAGCUUCUAAGAUCUCUGGAUAAAAGGGUUCUGAAAAAGAAUAGCUCUUUGGAAGCAGAUAACGUCAUAUCUUCAUACUCUUGUUUCAUGUCUUGACUCUACUGCCCCUCGGUUAACAUUUUGGGCUCUAGCCCUGUCCCUGUAACCCUUUUCUGGACUUUGUUGCAUCCUGAAUCUUUGAUGCUAAAUUCUGGACUGACUUCCUGGUUUCGUUUAUGACUUUGGACUUUGUUUGUAUCCUUGACUUUCUGGCUUGACUUUCGGGACUCUGAAUUCGGUUUGUACUCUUUAUUUCUUGGUUGUUAUUUGAUCAACUCUGCUGAAUGAACUCCUGGCAUGUGACCAUUGGACUGUAACCUUGGCCAUUGUUUCUUCUUGCUCCUGACCUGGAUCUGCUGUAGUUGACUUGUUGUGAUGUCCCAUGGACCCUUGGGCCGUGAACCUGACUCCAUUGUGGAGCACAGUGAUGAGGAAACAAGUUUUGUGCCGAUUCAGCAAGACUCUGCCCCGUUCCAGAUGUUCCCUAUUGACAAUUCUAGUUCAACGCUCAUUAAAAAGGCCCUUGAAACGGAGUCUUCUCUUCCCAGUUCCCCUCCCUUUGAUAGAAGGAUGUUUGUGGAAACUAACAGGCAGGAGAAAGCUGGCAGGAGACGAAGUGUGUGAUUAGCAGCAAGGGAAUCUGCUGAUUAACCUAUUUUCCCCUGAGAAUUCUAAGGGAGGAUUGCAUCUGGUCAAGAUGUUGUUCUAGCUCUUUUCCCUUGGGAAAAGAGCAUUUGAGACACCUGUUCUGAGGGAAGAUUCAAAGUUCUUUAAAAGUUCUGUGCGCUGGCUAGGCAGCGCGGAGUCAACGUGACAGUUGAAGGGAUAACUUCGUUCCCAGCCAAGUGUGGACCGCGUCGGAGUCCACUACCUUUCAGCCUAGCCGUGCCUUGUCCAGCCGUGUUCCUUGCCUUGCCUUGCCGUGAUUCCAGCCUUGCCUUGUCAUGUCGUGUAUACAGCCUUGUCUACAAUUCCUUGCCUCGGACUUGUUUUGAACUCUAGUGAAGACUUGGACUUUUCCCCACUCAAACUAUUUGGAAGUUUGAGUGCGUUUCGGUUUCUUGGAUUACAAACUUUGAACUUUAAUAUCAGACAUUGGACACUAUGUUAUUGGACUAUAUUCAACCUUUCCCAAAAGGUCUAUUGCUGAACUAUAUCUUCUGCUUCUUUUUGUUUCAUCUCUUCAUUUCCUUAAUAAAGAUAUUAGAUUGUU